UCAAUUGCUAGUACGAUUUCUUCUCUCCUCCAAACCGGCCAAGCCACCAACCAGCGCCCCCCACCGCCGCCUUUUUAUUUCAUCCACGCUGCUCGUGCUCGCUGCCUGCUUCUUGCGCGAUCGUCUCGGCCUCUCGGGACUCUAGAGUGGCGGCCGGCUCUCCGCCUGUUCUUGUCGUCGCUGCUCCUUUCCCUGUGAGCUUAAAAUAUACACAGGAUGUCGGAACGUUCUGAGAGUGCAACUGAAAAGAUUAUGAGCAGCAUCAUGGAUACCAUUGCUGACAACCUUCCUAAGCAGAAGUCUGGGAAAUUUGAUCCAGGUUCAGUCUCUGACAAAGUGAAGAACAAGCUGUUUGGUCGUCAGAAGACCUUGCAUGGAGUUCUGGGUGGUGGAAAACCUGCUGAUGUGCUGUUAUGGAGGAACAAAAAAAUAUCAUCGAGUGUUCUGGCUCUUGCAACAGCUAUUUGGGUUUUCUUUGAGUGGCUCGACUACCACUUUCUGACAAUUGUUUCAUUUGCCCUUGUUCUUGGAAUGGUUGUCCAGUUUGUUUGGUCCAACUUCUCAAACAUGCUAAGCAGCGGAUCCCGUUCUCAGGUGCCCCGAGUUGAAUUGCCUGAUGAGUUAUUUGUGAACAUUGCCGUUGCAAUCGGUGCCCAAGUAAACAAGUUCCUGUGCUUCCUUCAGGAUGUUUCUUGUGAAAGAAACUUGAAGCAUUUUGUAGUGGCGAUCGCAGGACUGUGGGCUGCUGCGGUGAUUGGAAGUUGGUGCAAUUUCCUGACUGUCAUAUAUGUCGGGUUUGUUUGUGUUCACACGCUUCCGGUGCUCUAUGAGAAGUACGAAGACCAAGUGGACGAUUUCCUCUACAGCCUUCUUGGUCUGCUGCGAGAUCAAUAUCAGAAGCUCGACCACGGCGUCUUGAGCAAGAUUCCCAAGGGGAACAUGAAGGCUAAGAAGAACGAGUAGUUUAGCAGAUGGUUUCUCGUGAAUGAGAUCAAUAUCGUUUUGACUUGUGUCGAUUAUUAAUUUAUUACCUAAGGCGUGUGUGCCAUUCUGAACCUGGCUGCUAGUUCAUCGCCCACCGGGGUUUUAAACUACUAAGCUGCAAUGCACAAGUAAUGAAGUGUGCUAGUUCAUUGCCCACAGGUGUACUAGUUCUUCGACUCAUUUAAAUUUCUGAUCCGAUCAGUUGCGGGAUAUUGAUAGACUGCGUGCCCAUAAUUCAUGUCUGAAAACUGGAAGUUGCUGAGAUAAAGUUUACAGUUUAGGCUC